AUGCCCGAUACAAACGGCUGCCACCCAGACGACAUUCCCAAAGAAAAGUUGCAGGAAGCAAUAACGGCCGCCAUCACCCGCGAUGUCCCCUUACUGCAGUUGAGAGCAGAUGAAGAGCCGUUCGACUGGCGACCCUUCGACAACCCGCCCACAGACCGGCCAACCCAAUACCGCCAGCGUGGUUUCGUCCGCUCGCCGCCGCUGUCGUCAGAUAACGUGGCCUUGCACCAGUCUGCGCAGGUCUAUCUAUCAGAUACCUACAUGCUAGGGUGCGCCUUGAACGCCAGUCCCGCAAUGGUAGGAAGCAAAUUGCGGAAUGUUGCCAUGGGCACAAGCCUUAACCACACUCUCUGGCUUCACGAACCGACGGCCAAGGUGGAUGAGUGGAUGCUAGGCGAGCGCGUGACGUCCUGGGGCUCAAACGGACGCGUUCUUAUCCAUCAGCAGUUUUGGAACGCGUGGAGCGGUCGGCUCGUCAUGUCUGGUACUCAGGAGGGUCUCAUUCGGCUGAAAAGUGCCAAGCUCUGA